AAAAAUAUGUACCAACAGUUUAUUCUGUUUAAGAUAAAAAGAAUUACUGACUCCCAACAAAACCCUAAACCCUAAAUCGCCGCCGCCAUCACCGCCGCCGCCAUGGAAACCGACGGCUUCUCAGCUUCACGAUUAUUCAAUCAAGGCUACUCUUACACCUACGAUGACGUCAUCUUCCUUCCAGGUUACAUCGAUUUCCCUACAGAUGACGUCACUCUCUCAACUAACCUAACCCGCAACAUUCAUCUCUCAAUCCCUUGUGUAUCUUCACCAAUGGAUACCGUAACUGAAGCCUCAAUGGCUGUAACAAUGGCGGCAUUAGGCGGUAUAGGUAUCGUUCAUUACAACAACACCGUUUCUCAACAAUCUUCAAUCAUCCGUAACGCUAAAUCUCAUAAAAUUCCUUUCGUUAAUGAUUUGAUUUUCGCUUCGCCUACUGAUUCGGUACAUUCUGUCGAUGAAUUCGGUAAUGCGCCUGUUAUUUUUGUUACCGAAUCAGGAAAUAAGGAAUCGAAAGUUUUAGGGUUUGUAACUAAGUCUAAUUGGGUGAAAUUAAGUGAUAAAGAAGCUAGGGUUUGUGAUUAUAUGAAUAAUUCGCCCGUUACGUUGCCGUCGAGUUAUAAUUUUGAGGAUGUAGCAGGUUAUAUAGCAUCGGAGAAACUGGAAUUUGUAACAUUAGUGAACGAAAACGACGGGGAAGUGGUGAAUUUGGUUACAAGUGAUGAUUUGGAGAGAAUAAAGUCGUGUCCGAAGUUAGGUUUACCGUCUUUAGGGAAGGACGGGAAGUUUUUGGUGGGGGCGGCGGUAGGGACGAGGGAAUCGGAUAAAGAGAGGUUGGAGCAUUUGGUGAAAGAAGGGAUUAAUGCUUUGGUGAUUGAUAGUUCGCAAGGGAAUUCGUUAUAUCAGAUUGAUAUGAUUAAGUAUGUGAAGAAGACUUAUCCGAAUUUGGAUGUGAUUGGUGGGAAUGUAGUUACUAUGUAUCAAGCGGAGAAUUUGAUUAAGCAGGGUGUUGAUGGAUUGAGGGUCGGGAUGGGAUCAGGGUCUAUUUGUACUACUCAAGAAGUUUGUGCUGUGGGUCGCGGACAGGCGGCUGCUGUUUACAAGGUGUCAUCAAUUGCUGCGCAGCAUGGUGUCCCUGUCAUCGCUGAUGGUGGGAUUUCAAAUUCUGGCCAUAUUGUAAAGGCGUUGUCCCUUGGAGCAUCAACUGUCAUGAUGGGAAGCUUCUUGGCUGGAAGCAAUGAAGCUCCUGGUGCAUAUGUAUAUCAGAAUGGUGUCCGUGUGAAAAAGUAUCGAGGUAUGGGAUCCCUGGAAGCAAUGACAAAAGGGAGCGAUGCAAGAUACUUGGGUGAUACUGCUAAACUAAAGAUUGCUCAAGGUGUUGUUGGUUCAGUUUCUGAUAAAGGUUCUGUUCUGAAGUUCGUUCCUUAUACAAUGCAAGCUGUAAAACAAGGAUUCCAGGAUCUAGGUGCUUCUUCCUUGCCGUCUGCUCAUGAACUUUUAAGAUCAGGCACAUUGAGGCUAGAGGUUCGAACAGGAGCCGCACAAGUUGAAGGAGGGGUGCAUGGUCUUGUCGGUUAUGAGAAAAAAUACUUCUGAUUUAGCUGUUACUGGGGAGUAAUGUACCAUAAGUUUCUUGUUGUUUAACAUUAAACUAUAAAUUUCAGCUAUGUAUGGCAAUUUUGGGAUUCUGCA